AAGCGGCCCAAGUUAGUAACUAGCCCAAGCAGCAAAGAUGUAGCUUGGCUUGGCUUGGUUUGGUUUGGUUCGGCAUCAGUGCAAAGUUUGGAGUGUAUCACGGUCGACAUUGUAACUUAAAAAAAAACAGUUGGAACUACGUAAAAAUUCGUACACCAGCUUCCAUACCUAUUGAACUAUAAGUAUAAUUACUGUAUAUAAUGGACAACGAAUUUUUAAAUAAUUCUGAUAAUGAUUUUGACGAUGAAUUUGAGGAACGAGUAGAUAGUUUCCGAUGGCAGCUAGCCAAAAAGUACAUUCGGGACAUUGAAAAUCCUAUCGAAUUGUGCGAAGAUGUUCCUUUUCAAAAAAGAUACAGAUUUAGCAAAGGAGCCGUGGUCGAAAUUUUAUUGCUUGUAAAUGCGCAAUUAAAAAAACUAAAUAAUCGUGGAUUGCCAGUUUCUCCAUUGAUACAGCUCCUAAUACUGCGUUUUUAUGCAACAAGCAGUUUUCAGAUUGUUAAUGGGGAUUUAUGAGGAUACAGUCAAGCAUCUGUAUCGCGAAUCGUGGCUCGAGUCUCAAGAAUUUUGGCAUUGCACUCAAAUGAACAUAUAAAUUUUUCUACUGAACAUGUACGUUCCAAUUACAAAAACAAAUUUUAUGCAAUGGCAAACUUCCCAUCUGUAAUUGGAUGUAUCGAUUGCACCCAUAUACGAAUUGGAAACCGUGGUGGAAGUAAUGGAGAAGUAUUUCGAAAUCGAAAAGGGUGGUUUUCGCUAAAUGUACAGGUUGUGUUCAGUCCCAACCGAGAAAUUCUUGACAUAGUUGUUCGACACCCUGGUUCAACUCACGAUGCAGUGAUAUUUGAUCGCAGUGGCCUGCGCUGUCGAUUGGAGCUAGGACAACUUGAUGGAAUUCUGCUCGGUAAUAGUGGGUAUGUUACGUCCGACGCAACGCAAC